AGACUUAGGCUGUCAAGUGUCUGCUGGUUAGUUAAUCGUUCAUUCUGCAGAAGGGCUGCAGGUGUGAUGGACUGCAGGAGUAAGUGGCAUCACAUGGAUAUCUGCUCAGCACACCCCAUCAAGGUCAGUCGCAUCAGGUGAGCGGGAGUUCUGAACGUGGCCGUGUGUGACACGUAGUGUGCGUGAUGCUGAUAAGCAGAAGAACAUGUCUUUCUCCUAGCCCUUUGUUCUUCCCAGCUCAUGUAACCUAGAGUGGCCCAGAAGGCCCGGGGGAUUGUCCCAUGAAUCCAAGCCCAGACCGCAGCAAGGAGUGUCUCCCCCCUAAAAAGCGGGACUCCCGACAGGGCUCGUCAGAUCAGCCGGCCCCAGAGGAUGACUUCAAACCCCCCGCCCCUUUUCGAAGCCGAAGGCUGCACCACUCCACGGAGGGUCACCGAGAGAGCGGGGAUCUUCUACCACCCCCUCCGCCCACGCUGCCACCCCGUCCUCUGUCGUUGCCUUGGCAGGUGUCCUAUACUCCCUCCGGGCAUCCCUCAUACCUGCCGGUCCAGGUGGGAGAGAGGCGAGGGUCAGCUUCGGCAUCCUGGAGAGAGGCGUUGUGUGGACGGGGUGUGGACAGAGGACUGGAGCACACCGUUGCCCAUCACUCUCGUUGGCUGAGCACUGACAUCCCCCCAAUUAGUGUGCAACCACUCAUCUCUGUGCCCAUGUUCAAAAGUGUCUACGCAGGCGAAUCCAGAGAAAUGUGGUCCUACAGCCCUGGUCGACGAGACUAUAGCUCGUCUCUCUUCUCUCCUCACCUCUUUCCACAGCCUACAGUUUAUCCCCACGACACUCUCCCAGACAGCAGACUCAGGUACCAAGGCAGAUGGCCCAAUGGUGUUGAAAGCACAGAUAGUGGGUCUGGGCCUAGCAGAAGGAUGCCCUCUUGCGAUGACCGUGGGAACGACAAUGUGGCCAGGUUAGACGGUCCACAUGCCAAUGGCAGGAGAAGACAGGAGAACACAACAAGACAGACCACCGGAAGAGGCCUUCUGCCACGAGAGAGCACAAGUGCACAUUCCUUACCGUGGGACAGGGACCCUCGGGGAACACCCAAAACGCCAAUACCCCCCUCACCAGACGCAAAGACAGGAAGGGCAGUCACUUCUCAGGACCAUUUCGGUGGUAGUGCCUCUCAGGCUGGAGCUCAGAUCUACUAUGCUGUGGGGUCCCUUUGCCAAUCUGCCCACCAUAACUCUCAAAAGUACCCACAACUUAGUCCUUCUGUGUCCUGCUCCCCGAGGAAGUCACAUCACUUCCUGCAAAGCCAACACAACAGCCAUGGGCUUGAGACAGAAUGGGAUCCCUCAGCAGGGUCCUACCACCCUCCCGUCGCUGUGCUCACUGGCCCUGACCCACCCCCUUCUGCAGUCCUACCUCAUUUUGCCAAAGGUUCCCUGAUCGAGCUGGCUGGCGGCCAUCUGAAGAGGGUGGAGGAGCUGAAGACAGAGGAUUUUGUGCGAAGUGCUGACACCUUGCCUGAGUUUCACCUGAGCACCUGCACUAUUCUCUUAAUCUCACCCGGACCCACGUACGGCUUCAACCACUUGCAGGUCUUGCUCACAGACCGCAACACUCAGGAGCUGCUCACAGUCUUAGCGGAGUAUCCGUUUUUCGUCCGGGACCGCGGCUGGUCUUCUUGCAGUCCCCAGCGGAGCGCCCAGGUGUAUGGCCUGCAGUGCCGUCAGCUCAGCACAGGCGACGUGUGUCUGGCACUGACUCCCACACCUGCUUCACCUCACUCCGGCAGUCAGGUGCAGCGUCCGCACAUACGCUCAGAGGAUGCGGUGGAGCUGGCGGAGAGGCUGCCCCAUGCCCCCGCGCCUCCGUCUCCGCCAGCGGUCCAGCCUUCUCCUUCCAGUUUGCUAAGCGAGCGGCCCCGCGCCCGCAAGAGACGCUGGUCCGCCCCUGAGCUCCAGCCAGGAAUCAAGACUAGCACCCAUUUACCUCAAGGCUCUAAGCACGAGAGACAGCAGUAAGGCUUCGGAUCGACACCACAGGAAGGUCUAGAGUCUGAUUAUUGGUAACCUCACAGAUACCAUGGAAUAGCUAGUAAAUUGUUCCCCUUCUUUCCUCCACUGUUAAAUGUGAUUUCAGAAUGUAGAACAACACAUGCUAACCAGUUCCAAAAUGCACAGUGAGACAAUCAAAAAUCACGUCUUUGUGAUACCACGCACCUUUUAGUUAUGCUAAUCUCAAGCCUUUUUCUGCAGGGUAUGUCUUUUUAAUCCAUAUUAUAACAAACCAAUACUACUGGAAGAAAAAGACAAAGUACACAAAUAUAUGAGUAGAUAUCAUAUUACGAGUGUUCUGUGAAUAUGCUACAGGAAAUAGUCUACUGUUAAAUCUGUAAUGACGUCUCGUUUCACGCUUAUGAACUGCGUACGUACCUUCAGUCUAGCAGGCAAGCUGAAUGUAUUAAGCAGCCUUCGGCCAGGCUUUCAGUGUGGGGUCAGUAUGCUAGUUCACUUUAGCAUUACGCUCCAGCCGGUUCGUACCAAGGGAAGAGACACUAAUGUGGGAAUGAAAGCACACGCGACCCUGGGCCUGGUGAGUGAUGGUGCUAAUGACACAUCAGAAAAGUCCUCUGGUGAUUGUGACAUUUCCUUGUGAAAAAGGACAGAAAUCUAGUGUUUUGAAAUCAGAUACGGGUAUAUCUACUCAUGAUUAAGCACACUCUAUCACUUUAUUUUUCUCUCUUUUUUUGUGGUUUCUCAAAUAACGUUCGCUGUUAGUUUUUUGUUUCUUUAUAAAUGUUCUAAGUGCUCUAAAAAUGUAUAUUUUUAAAGUUGUGAGACUGUAA